AUGGCUCGGUUCGGGUCGCAGACCAGUACCUACAACAGGCUGGUGACCAUCUUUGUUGCCAUUGGGUCUAUGACCUACGGUUAUUGUGCUUCAAUCAUCUCCAGUACGAUCGGUCAGCCAGGGUGGUAUACCUAUUUCAACCUUCCCGCAGAAGGAAAGCCUGGAUAUGACACGAUCACGACUCCCGUCAUCUCAACUGCAAAUGGUGUUUUCAGCGCUGGUGGUGCUGUUGGUACACUGUUCAUUAUGUGGUCCAGUGAUUUCUUCGGUCGCAAAGCGAACAUUCAGUUUGGUGCUUUCUUCUCGAUGUUCGGAGGUGCACUGCAGGGUGGUGCCAACUCAAUUGAGUAUGAAAAACACCUAAGCCUCUACUUGAAUGCUACCAGCCACUAA